AUGAGCUCGACAGUGACCGAGAUCACUCAACACCAACAAUACCAUUCAGUGGGGCUAGAGGAGCAAGAUCUAGAAGGAGCGGAGCCGCUGGAGCUAUUCAAGCGAUCGUUCGAGGACGCCCAACGGUCCAGGCUUGUGGCGGAGCCGGAAGUGAUGUGUCUUUUGACGGCGAUUCUGGCGGGAGAAGUGUCGAGUCGUUUUGUGCUACUCAAAAAGAUCAAGCCGACCACCGGCCUUGUCUUCUUCACCAACUACAACUCCCAAAAGGCCCAGGAAAUUUGCCAAAAACCGCACGAGUCCCAGAGAUACUUCGAUGCUUGGCCCUUGGGCUCCCACAUCGGCGUCUGGGCGUCCCCCCAAUCAUCCCUGCUCAAGACCCGCUCCCAGUUACUCGAUCUUGUCGCCAAACAUGAUUCCCGAUUUGAUGUCCAGCCCGGCUCCAUCAACCAUCACCCGCCCUCUCAACAAGACCUCAAUACCCACAUCCCGUGCCCAAUUAUUGGGGCAGCUUCAGAAUCAUCCCUAACGAGGUCGAGUUCUGGGUCGGCAGUGACCGCGUCAUAG